UCUUUCUUUCUCCCCACCACAUACCGGCUUCGACAGAUUCAUUGAGAUUUGAGACUGCUGUUUGUUUCCCGGGAAAUUUUCUGAGCCACGUCACCGUCAUCAUCACCCUCAAUCCCUUCUUGGCCUUAUGGCUGCUGCUGCUUCUUCCUCCUCCUGGGUUCAACAACUCAGUUCGCUUGACUGGCACCAAGAGUCCUACCCUGCAUUUAACGAUUUCUCCGCUGUUCCCUUCUUCGCUCUCUUAUUCCCCUCUGUUCGCUUCUUCCUCGACCGUUUCGUUUUCGAGAAAGUGGCCAGACGAUUGAUUUUCGGAAAGGGGCAUGAGAAACUGGAUCUUCAAACAGAUGAGAGAAGAAAGAAGAUUAGGAAAUUUAAGGAAUCAGCAUGGAAAUGUGUAUAUUUUCUAUCAGCUGAAAUUUUUGCUUUGUCUGUAACUUACAAUGAGCCUUGGUUUACCAAUACAAUAUAUUUUUGGAUUGGGCCGGGAAAUCAAAUCUGGCCAGAUCAAAAGAUUAAGUUGAAACUGAAGGGGCUCUAUAUGUAUGGUGCUGGAUUUUAUGCUUACUCCAUACUCGCUUUAAUAUUUUGGGAAACUAAGCGCUCUGACUUUGGGCUGUCAAUGACCCAUCAUGUUGCUUCUCUGGCUCUCAUUGUGCUAUCUUAUAUGUUUAGGUUUGUUCGUGUUGGAUCAGUAGUUUUGGCUCUUCAUGAUGCUACUGAUGUGUUUCUGGAGACAGGAAAAAUGUCCAAAUACAGUGGGGCUGAGACAAUGGCUAGCAUUGCAUUUCUCCUUUUUGUUAUCUUUUGGACGUUAUUGCGCAUCAUUUACUAUCCAUUUUGGGUUCUUUGGAGUACAAGCUAUGAAGUUAUUUCUGUAUUCGAUAAGGAGAAGCACCAGAAGGAUGGGCCAAUAUAUUAUUAUGUGUUCAAUACUCUACUCUUCUGUUUGCUUGUUCUAAAUAUUUAUUGGUGGGUUCUGAUGCUUCGGAUGCUUGCUGAUCAAAUCCGAGCAAAAGGAAAAGUUAGUGAAGAUAUUCGCUCUGAUUCUGAAGAUGAUGAUGAUUACAAUGAUCAUGAAGAAUGACCAGGAAUACAAAUUGAAUAUAGUUGUACAUUGUUUACAGAGCAUGGACAUCUUCAAUGUUGUAAAAAUUUUGUGGUAUUGAGUUGUUCACCCUAAGUCCAUAACUAUAGUGUUAAAAUCAGAUUAUUUCUGCUGGUAGUGCAUGCUAACACAAUCAAUCUGUAGAAAUAUUUCAUGUAAAGCUUAGAAGGAAAACCAUGAUGUAAAAAUAUUUCAUGUAAAGCAAGGUUUAGCAAUUUUACA